UCCGCCUAGCGAGCAACAUUCGCAAGGCAUGCCAUCCCGACCCAGUGUAGUGGUGUAGGACUGUGAUCCAGGAUUGUGAGUGAAUGCAGUGAGGAUGUCUCAGGCUCCCGGCGGUAAGAAGGGUGGGAAAGGCCCACCCAAGAAAGCCACCGACGAGGAGAAAACUGCACCAGCCAAGGCGACCGAAGAUAAAGAUGAGACAUCCUCUAACAAUGGAGAUAAGAAAGAAGCCAAGGAGGGAAAUGGUGAACUCGUUUCCAAACCGCCCAGCGCUGGGGUUAACAUGCGAGAAGUGGCCAGCAAGAUCCUGGUGCUGGCGCAGAAGGGCGAGUGGUCAGCCGUGGAGCAAACCCUCAAGGUUCUUGAAAAACUGGUCGCAGCUGGAGGUGAAGACUCAGUCACUGUACCUAUGGCGGGAAUCUUAGAUCCGACGACCGGUAUGACGCCGCUGAUGUUCGCGGUGAAAGACAACCGCACCUCGUUCGUCGAGCGGCUCAUCGAGCUCGGGUCUGACGUUGGCGCCAGGAACAAUGACAACUACAAUGUUCUCCAUAUAUCCGCCAUGUACGCCCGUGAGGACAUCGUCAAGUUGCUGCUGUCCAAGAGAGGUGUUGACCCAUUUGCUACCGGAGGGAGCCGUCAACAAACUGCGGUCCACCUGGUAGCAAGUAGGCAGACCGGGACAGCCACCAGCAUCUUACGAGCACUUCUCACUGCUGCCGGGAAGGAUAUACGAUUGAGGAUAGACGGGAGGGGCAAAGUCCCGCUGCUGCUGGCCGUGGAGGCUGGCAACCAGAGCAUGGUACGCGAGCUGCUCAGCGCGCAGACCGCGGAACAACUCAAGGCAUCCACCCCCAUGGGGGACACGGCACUCCACCUAGCGGCUCGCAGACGCGACGUGGACAUGGCCAGGAUCCUUGUGGACUACGGCGCCGCCGUGGACGCGGUCAAUGGCGCUGGGCAAACCGCGCUGCACAUCGCCGCCGCCGAAGGUGACGAGCCCCUCGUCAAGUACUUUUACGGGGUCCGGGCGAACGCCGCCAUUGCUGACAAUGAAGACCGUACGCCAAUGCAUUUAGCUGCUGAAAAUGGUCAUGCAGCCAUUAUAGAGCUCCUCGCAGACAAGUUUAAAGCGUCAAUAUUCGAGCGCACCAAAGACGGGAGCACGCUGAUGCACAUAGCGUCAUUGAACGGUCACGCUGAUUGCGCGAUGAUGCUUUUUAAGAAGGGAGUGUAUUUACAUAUGCCUAAUAAGGAUGGCGCUCGCAGCAUACACACAGCAGCUCGAUACGGCCACGUCGGGAUUAUUAACACUUUGCUGCAAAAGGGGGAAAGUGUGGACGUCACUACAAACGACAACUACACAGCUCUUCAUAUAGCGGUUGAGUCCUGCAAGCCAGCGGUCGUAGAAACUCUCUUAGGAUAUGGAGCUGAUGUUCAUAUAAGAGGGGGCAAACAGAGAGAAACUCCUCUUCACAUAGCUGCCAGGAUACCUGAUGGGGAUAAAUGCGCCCUAAUGCUGUUGAAGUCAGGGGCGGGCCCCAACAAGGCUACUGAGGAUGGUAUGACUCCGGUGCACGUGGCUGCCAAGUUUGGCAACUUGGCUACCCUCGUGCUUCUACUGGAGGAUGGUGGUGAUCCAUUGAGAAAGACCAAGACUGGCGAAACCCCAUUGCAUUUGGCGUGUCGUGGCUGCAAACCGGAUAUAGUACGGCAUUUGAUAGAAUUCGUAAAGGACCACAAAGGCGAAAGUGUUGCAAUAUCGUAUAUAGACGCUGUCGACGAGGACGGAGCCAGCGCUCUACACUAUGCCUGCAAAAUCACUCACGAAGAAGUUAAAAUAGCAUCCGCAGAUAGGCAAGUCGUCGAGUGCCUUAUAGAGAAUGGUGCUGAUGUCACUUUAACCACAAAACAUAAUCACGAAACUGCGUUCCAUUUCUGUGCUAUAGCUGGAAACAAUGAUGUUAUGACAGAAAUGAUUAAUCACAUAUCUGCCGCCGAUGUUGGUAGAGCACUAAAUAAACAAAAUUCUAUUGGCUGGACGCCAUUACUUAUUGCUUGCCAUAGAGGGCAUAUGGAACUAGUCAAUACACUCCUUUCCAACCAUGCCAGAGUAGACGUUUUUGAUAUAGAAGGUAGAUCAGCAUUACAUUUAGCUGCAGAACAUGGUUAUUUACAAGUUUGUGAUGCAUUAUUAACAAAUAAAGCAUUCAUUAACUCUAAGGCUAGAAAUGGACGAACCGCUCUUCAUUUGGCUGCGAUGAACGGAUAUGCGCAUUUAGUUAAGUUUUUGAUACGCGAUCACAAUGCAAUGAUAGACGUGUUAACACUUAAGAAACAAACUCCCCUACAUUUGGCUGCAGCUAGUGGGCAAAUGGAAGUUUGCAAACUUCUACUUGAACUGGGUGCCAACACGGACGCGACGGAUGAAUUGGGCCAAAAACCGAUACAUGCUGCAGCGCAAAACAAUUAUUCUGAAGUAGUCCAAUUGUUUUUACAGCAGCAUCCAAAUUUAGUAAUGGCGACGACUAAAGACGGUAAUACAUGUGCACAUAUAGCGGCUAUGCAAGGGUCAGUGAAAGUAAUAGAGGAACUGAUGAAGUUUGAUAGGACUGGUGUGAUAUCGGCGCGAAACAAGUUAAACGAUUCAACGCCCCUGCAGUUAGCUGCAGAAGGUGGUCACGCGGACGUCGUUAGGGUCCUCGUUAGAGCCGGUGCUUCUUGCACAGAUGAGAAUAGAGCUGGAAUGACUGCUGUACAUCUGGCAGCUGAACAUGGGCACACAAACGUAUUAGAUGUCAUGCGUUCGACGAAUACGUUAAGGAUAUCUAGUAAAAAGUUAGGAUUGACGCCACUUCACAUAGCAGCGUAUUAUGGGCAAGCAGAAACGGUGAGGGAGCUUUUGUCCUUUGUAUCCGGGACGGUGAAAUCGGAAGCGCCAACUGGCGUGUCGCUAGUCCCGGAACUGGGAGCAGAGUCUGGUUUGACUCCUCUUCACCUAGCCGCUUAUAAUGGUAAUGAAAAUGUGGUACGGCUGCUACUGAACUCUGCUGGAGUACAAGUGGAUGCAGCAACUAAUGAGAAUGGUUACAAUCCACUACAUUUGGCAUGUUUUGGUGGUCAUAUGUCAAUUGUUGGACUUGUACUGAGUAGGUCAGCGGAACUACUACAGAGUACAGAUAGGCAUGGAAAAACGGGUUUGCAUAUCGCUUCGACGCAUGGCCAUUAUCAAAUGGUGGAAGUUUUACUAGGCCAGGGAGCGGAAAUCAAUGCAACUGAUAAAAAUGGAUGGACUUCAUUGCAUUGUGCAGCUAAAGCUGGUCAUUUAAACGUAGUGAAACUUCUCUGCGAAUCAGGAGCAUCUCCAAAAAGCGAGACGAACUUAAACUGUGCACCUAUAUGGUUUGCUGCAUCAGAAAAUCACAAUGAUGUUUUAGAAUAUUUAUUACAUAAGGAACACGAUACACAAUCACUAAUGGAUGACAAACGAUUUGUUUAUAAUUUAAUGGUGUGUUCGAAAAAUCACAAUAAUAUACCAAUAGAAGAAUUUGUGUUGGUAUCCCCAGCACCUGUAGAUACGGCGGCAAAAUUGUCAAAUAUAUAUAUUAAUUUAUCUACUAAGGAGAAGGAGCGUGCCAAAGAUCUCAUAGCAGCAGGUAAACAAUGCGAGGCUAUGGCCACGGAAUUACUGGCGCUGGCAGCCGGUGCUGAUUCCGCCGGACAUAUACUGACGGCGACAGAUAACAGAAACGUAGAAUUUUUAGAUGUAUUAAUUGAGAAUGAGCAAAAGGAGGUCAUUGCCCAUACAGUUGUCCAGAGAUAUCUUCAGGAACUCUGGCGUGGGAGUCUUAAGUGGACAGGGAUCAAAAUAAUGUUCCUUUUUUUCGCAUUUAUAGUCUGUCCGCCAGUUUGGCUAGUGUUCUCUCUUCCAGUAGGUCAUAAAUAUAAUAAGGUCCCAAUAAUUAAGUUCAUGUCAUAUUUGACUUCUCACAUAUACCUCAUGACAUUGUUAGCUCUGGUAGCUAUCACGCCCAUUUAUAAUUCGAUAUUUAGAGAGAAUUUAGUGCCUAGAUGGUACGAGUGGAUACUGCUUAUAUGGUUGAGCGGGCUUCUCUUGUUCGAACUGACUAAUCCGAGUGAUAAAUCUGGCUUGGGUUGGAUCAAAAUUGCAGUUUUACUGCUCGGCAUGAUUGGUGUGGCAACGCACGUCGUGGGCUGGAUAUUUGUGAUGCCCAAGUAUUGGCCCACGUUAAUGUAUUGCAGGAACCAAUGUUUUGCCUUAUCUUUUUUAUUGGCCUGUGUCCAAAUAUUGGACUUCUUGUCAUUCCACCACCUCUUUGGUCCCUGGGCUAUUAUCAUUGGUGAUCUGAUGAAGGAUCUGGGUAGGUUUCUUGCAGUGUUAGCGAUAUUUGUAUUCGGCUUCUCUAUGCACAUCGUAGCAUUGAACCAGCCGUUUAGAAACAUCAACAAGGCUGAAGACAAUAAACACGCCCGGCAAGCCAGAAAGAAGAUCUUCUCUGAUGAUGAUAGUCAGCGAUCAAAACAAUCAAGCUCUGGUACGCGGUGGAAUAAUACCUUUUUUGGGGAAGUAUACCGGAGGAAACAGGUUAUAACUGGACCGACAUUGUCACCGUACGAGGCCUUGGAGAAAAUGUUCUUCGCCCUUUUCGGCCAGAUUAACUUGUCUGACCUGAACUACAUCUCCAGCGUGCGCCCGUCCUGGACGCAGAAUCUGUUCAAGUGCAUCUUCGGUGCCUACAUGCUGAUGUCGGUCGUGGUGCUCAUAAAACUGCUCAUUGCGAUGAUGUCGGACACUUUCCACCGUAUCCAGGCACAAUCGGAUAUAGAAUGGAAAUACGGAUUGUCAAAACUGAUUAGGAAUAUGCAUCGUACCAGCACUGCACCGGCGCCAAUCAACUUGGUCACCACUUGGCUGAUGUGGCUCAUAGCCAGAUGUAAGGAACGUCUAAGUAAAAAGAAGCGGCCAAGUCUUGUCCACAUGAUUGGUUUACAGCGACAGGACCAGUUGAGUGCCAGAUCGAAGGCAGGCGCUAAAUGGUUAUCUAAAGUGAAAAGAGGACAAGUGGUCCCUAAAGAUUCGACUCGUCUCUCUGUCGUCCACCUGAGCCCGUUGGGCUCUCAAUUGAGUUUCAACAACAUGACCAGAAUAGAAAAUGUGGUGGACUGGGAAGUCAUCGCUAAGAAGUAUAGGGCCCUCAUGAGAGACGAAACCGAGGAGCCUGUAGUCAAAGAGAACGAAGCUGAUGCAGCGGACAAUACUUCGGAAAUAGUGCCUAACAAUGUCUCAUCGAUACCGCCAUGAACUGAUAGUUUUUCAUCAUCAGGAGCAAGGACAAUUACAAAUUGACGUUCAUAACGUCAACCGUUAAAAUUUUAUAUACGUAUAAUAAAUAUCUAUUUCAUAUUUUGAGAGCCAAAGUUCAUUUUACUGCCGUCAGGAAUUUUAAUUAUUCAUGUCAAUGAUUGAGAGGUGAAGAGAUGUAACAAUAAAUAUUUUAACAAAUC